UCAAGUCAUUCUUUUUCUCAGUAAGUCAACCACAAAAAGGAAACAGCAUCAUCACACACAGAUCUGUAGCAGAGAAGAAGGAAAGACACACACGACGUCCGUCUGCUGAUAAAGAAUGGACACCAAAGGUUUACUGGGAUUAAUCCUUACUUUUGUGCUUCAGUUUCAAGCGGUUAUCAGUAGAACGGACACCUCUCUCUUCUUCAGGAGUGGAGAGGAUGCCGCUCUGCGGUGUGCCGAUGCAUCACCCACUGGUCCAACAUGCUCCUUGGUUUCAUGGCUUCGCAGCAUAAAUCAAUAUCGUGUAUUCCCUUUAGUUGAGAAUGGAAUUGUUGCAAGUAGCUCAGCCCAAGCGUCCAGGCUGAGUUUGGACACAGAGUGCUCUUUGGUCAUUCAGAACAUCACAGCUCAGGAUGCUGGUUACUACACCUGUCGACUGGGGAGGGACGUUAAUCUGGAUGAACAUAUAUUUACAAACGUUCUGACUAUCUCUCCAUCUCCACCAGACGCUGAUCCAAAGAGGGACGGUGAAGUCACAUUAGAGUGCACUCUGUGGAGAUACAUCGACGUCUUUCACUGUCUUCAGGACAGCCUCCGCUGGGUGGAUGAGACGGGAUCUGUGCUGCUUGAUGAAGGCGUCGGCUACAGUUUCCUCAGACAGACGAACUGUGUCUCUGUUCUGACUGUGAAGCGUCAGAGCGGCCACACCAGGAGAUACACCUGCCAGUUUGUUGAUCAGAACCGUGUGGAGAUAGAGGCUGAAUACACACCUGACUUCACAGGUGGUAAAACCUCUGAUCCGGAUGUCCCUGCUGAUCACAUGAUCAUCAUUGGAGCCGUGGUCGUGGCCGUGGUAGUCCUGGCUGUCAUGGUUGCAGUUGUCAUCAAAUACAGGAAGAGAGCCAAAGUGACAGAGGAUGUUGAGAGACCGACCGAACACGCUGAUGAGCCAGAGAGUAAUCUGACCUAUGCGACUGAUAGCCAAGCUAAUCAACAGGCCCCUCUUUACAUGAAUGUCAAAGAGGAGGACGCGACAUAUUCUACAAUCGAUACUCUGGUGAGGACUGAAGCAGGCGAUGUUCCCAACUGCAUCUACAGCUAUGUCAGCAAUCCAAGAAUAAAUUAGAGGAAAUUAAACUUUGCAUGAUGACAAAUUCAUAUUUCCUGCUGUCAAAAGUGUUUGUCUGUCUGUUCGGGAGUGGACUGUUUUCUGAUCAAACAUUGUUUCUAGUCUGUUGAUGGUGGUUCUAUUUGACUGCACGCUGUUGGUCAGGCUCAGUGUUCUAUCACUUAUUAGUUUAGGAUUUUAAAAAGACAAAACCCAUUAAUUAAAUUGGAAGCAUGGUUGUUCCCUAUCCAAGUUCUUAUUGAUCGUCUUUGUAGGCGAGACAACUGUUGUUUGUUUGUUUAUUGACAGAAGAAAAAGCUGCCCAGCAUUACAAUCCUCUUUGUGUACAUUAAAUCCAGAUGUUAAGUUUUGCAACCAAAAAUAAUUACGUUAUUGAAAUGUUAGCAUAUUGUGGCAUCAAAAGGUGGGCUUCAGCAUUUUAUGGUGUUGGACUGCAUGCCUGACUUACUGUUUUUUUUAUGUUGUUUUGCCGAUUGAGGCAUUAUAUUUUGUUGUAAUUUUGUGUCAACAGCACCGCUAUGUAUCCAGUAAAGAGAUUCAAAUGAAAAUCUUUCUCCAUUGUGUGUGUUUUGCUUGUCAAAAGUAAAAGGGACUCGCUACAUGUUUGCCCAUGUACUAAAGCUGAGUGCUUAUCACAGCGGCCCAGGUUUGAGUUCUACC